GUAAAUAGAUAAAUAAUAGUUAUAAAAGAAAAAAAAAUAGAAUGAAGAAAAUGUUUUUAAAGUUUGGAAGAGGGGGCGGUGAUGAUGACGGAAAUGAAAAUAAUGAUAAUAAUAAUAACAACAGCAAUAAUAAUAAUAGCAAUAGUGAUGAUAAAAUGAAUGUUGACGAAGAUAGAAGAAAAAGACUUCAAAGAUUCGAAGUUCCAGAAGAGCAGUUAAUUGUAGCAGCACAACAAUUAGAACAGCAAAAACAACAGCAGCAACAACCAGUUAAACAACAAAGUCCACCACUUAAAUCAGCACAAAUGGAUGUUACACCAGCACCAUUGGUUCAAAAACCAGCAACUACAACUGCCACAACUGCAGCAUCAAAACCAACUUCACCAACAGCACCAACAGCUGCCUCUAAAGAUACAAUUAGACAAUGUGAAAUACCUAUGGGUGAAUAUAAUUAUUAUAUACUUGAAAAAUUAUUUUUAAUUUAUUUAUCUCCACCAAGUAACCAACAACCAAAGUCAAUCUAUUUAAAAUCAGUUGUUGAAUCAUUAAAAGAAGAUAUUCCAAGUGAUGGUAGUGUAUUAACAUUAGAAAAACCAAUCUUAGAUAAAAUUAUUGUUGAAAGAUUAUCAGUAAAGGUACCUGGUGUUACAGCGGUAGAGUUUUUAAUUGGUAGCUAUAAUAGAAUUCAACAGGCAAAAAAAAAGAAAUUACCAUUAAAUGAACAAGUUCUCAAGGACAGUAUAGAGUUGAUUUUAUUAUAUUUUGGUUUAGUUUUAACUAUCCCAGAUAUGUUUCAAGGUACAUCUUCAUCAUAUGGAAGCGGUUCUGUUCAAUUAAUGCCAUAUCUUUGUGGAGAAACAACUGAAGAGUUAUCUGAUCAAUUUGUUUCACAGUUUUUAGAGGAAUACCAAGAAGAUUUAGAACCAAUUGUCGAACCAAUAUUUUUAGAUCUUAUUAAAGUUAUGUCUAGUAUAACUUUAACUGGUAGUAUAUUCCCAUAUUAUAGAGUUUUUUCAAGAUUAGUACAAUUUAAAAAGAUUUCAGAAGUUUUAGUAAAAUUACCAUGCUGGGUUGAUCCAAGCUUUAACGGUAAAGAUAUGGAACGUAAAACUGUUUUGGGUUCAUUAUUUAUGCCAUCAUCAGCAUCCGACGAUGGUAUGGCAUUAAAACACUUUUUUGCAAAUGCAUCAACUAUGGAUAGAAACAGUAUUAGUGACUCAUUCCUUUCAAUUAGACAAAUUCAAACCAACAUUCAUAACAGUUUAUUAGAUUUAUUAAAAGGAUUUUUGAAAGCUCAUCCAGAUAAUAAAGAAGCAUUCCUUUCAUGGGUGGUCCCAGUUAUUGAAAAGAAUCUUGAACGUAAUAAAAUGCAGGUUGAUCGUGCCAAAGCAUGUAGUGAUGGUUUUGCUUUAAAUCUCUGCGCCGUAUUAGUAUUACUUUGUGAAUCAUUUGUUGAUAUUUCAUUCUCAAAAGUUUCAAUGGUAGAAACCGGUUUCUUGUUAUCAGGAAAAAGACACGAUAUUUCAAAAGAUACUAGAUUAUGUGCUAAUGAACAACAGGCUGAAGAAUGGACCAAAGAUGGCUCAAUUCCAAAAGCUCAAGAUCACACCAAUUUCAUUACCGAAUGUUUCUUUGUAACUCUCAGAGCUUUACACAUUGGUAUUAAUUCAACUUUUGAAAAAUUAAAAAUGAUUGGCCGUAAUUUACAAGAUUUAGAGAAUAAUAAGAAGGUAUUGUUAGAUUCAAAACAAAAAUGGUUUGGUACACCACAAGGUAAGUUAUAUGAAAACCAAUUAGAGUUGCUCACAAAGAAAGAGGAUUUACUUAAGGGUAUUACUUAUUCAAUUGAUGCCCAAUUAUUCGAGCCAGUAUUCUUACAAAAAACUGCCUUGUUCUUAUUAUUUGCAACCAAUUGGUUAUUAAAAGUUAUCAAUCCAAAUAAUCAACCUUUACCAUUAGCUUUACCAGCACCAAAGGUUUUUGCUUCAUUACCAGAGUUUUGUAUUGAGGAUGUUGUUGAUUUCUUUACAUUUGUAAUUGGUAAUUUCAGUCAAGCAUUACAAUAUGUUCAAUUAGAUAGUUUAAUGAAAUUCUUUAUUUCAAUUUUAGCAACACCAGAAUACGUUAAGAAUCCAUACUUGAAAGCCAAAAUUAUUGAAAUCGUUUCACAAUUUGUACCAAGUCAACAUAACAAAGGUAAUCCAUUGCUUUUAGAAUGCAACGCAGAAAUCAAAGAUCAUUUAGUAUUAUCUCUAAUGAGAUUUUAUGUUGAUAUUGAAUUUACUGGUGGCCACAAUCAAUUCUAUGAAAAGUUCACAUAUCGUCAUUACAGUUCUGUAAUCUUAAAGUACUUAUGGUCAGUUCCAGAUUUUAGAAAGAAAUUCUUUGAAACACCAAAAGAUCCAAUUUUCAUCAAAUUUGUAAAUAUGUUAAUCAAUGACUCAACCUAUGUAUUGGAUGAAGCUUUGGCUAAAUUAAUUAAAAUUAAGGAAAAUCAAAUUUUAUUUGAUGAUCCAAAUUGGGAUAAAAAUUUAACACCAGAACAAAGAAAAGAAAAAGUAGAACAAAAUGAUUUAAAUGAAAGAAUUUGUAAAUCAAAUCUUUCAUUAGCAAAUAGUAAUAUCGAUAUGAUGUUAUAUUUAUCAAGUGAUAAGAUUAUGUUGGUUGGCUUUUUAAGACCAGAACUAAUUGAUAGAAUUUCAGCAAUGAUGAACUAUUUCUUGGCUCAGAUUGUUGGACCAAAAUGCACAAACUUAAAGGUUAGAGAACCAGAAAAAUAUCAUUUCAAUCCAAAACAAUUAUUAAAUCAAUUAACCGAAAUCUAUGUCAAUUUCUCCAAAGAGCCACGUUUCCUUCAAUCAGUGGUUCGUGAUGGUAGAUCAUUCAAAGUUUCAAUCUUUGAAACCACUGAAAGAAUUUUACAAAGAGAAAGAAUUAAGAAUGAUCAAGAUAUGCAAGAUUUUUCUGCUUUAGUAAAGAAACUGGAAAAAGUUGCUGCCGAAGAAGAAGCUGCCGAAGAAGAACUUGGUGAGAUCCCAGACGAAUUCUGUGAUCCAAUUCUUUCAACUCUUAUGACUGAUCCAGUUAUUUUACCAUCAAGUAAAACCGUUAUCGACAGACAAACCAUCCUUAGACAUUUAUUAAGUGAUCAAACUGAUCCUUUCAAUAGAUCCGUUUUAACACCAGAAAUGUUAAUUGAUGAUGUCGAAACCAAAGCUAAAAUUGAAAAAUGGUUAAACGAUAAGAAAAAGAAAUAA